UGCACGUAACAUGCUUAGUGACGGUGUGAGUGGGUAGCAGACGACAGUUGCAGCAGACGACAUAUGAAGGACUGUACUCUCUGGACGACAUUUUCGUGAUUCACAGGGGAUAUACGACACCCAUUCUGGAUUAUUUAUAACUCGUACUUGUGAAGACUCACAAUGUAUGUCAUUGUACGCUAUGGAGAUCGACAACAGCACAUCUUCAACCCCAACUGCCGGAGCAGCACCUUGCUGAGGAGCAUCAGAGACAAGUGUUCCUGUGGAGAUGCUGCGGAGGAUAUCGAGCUGUCAGACGAGUGCGGGAACAUCAAAUACCUCCGUGAUGCACACAACAGAUACGCUAAUGAAGUACUCGGGGAACGCGAAACGCUCGUGCUACUCCGAGUGGACGGUACAGAACAACCAUAUCCCCGCUACACCCCCCUUCUGAAGGAUGAAGAGGCCAUCACGGAGGAGUUCUUAGCCCGGCUUGUGAUCAAGGAUGAGCCCACAAGUCGACCCCAGAGUCUGCGCAAGGGUAAAGGUCGUGGACCUCCAUCAGACAAGGAGAAGUCCACCAAAGACAAGGCCAACAAGGACAAAUCCCGUCAAACAAAGCAUUCGCAGGAGAGGCCCGCGAGAUCUCGUUCCAGGCAAGCACGAGAACAAUGACGUAGUGUCUACGUCAUUUCCGGCAGCUCUAAACAGUAUAUACGUUACAUUACCAUUCCACACUCAUUUGAAAGACGUGUUUCCACACCAGUUCCACUGUCAGUAGUCUGAUGUGGAAAGAUAAACAUCAGCUGUAAACGUUGAGCCACAGGUAAAUUUUUCUCUCUGUUGCGCACCCCUAUCUGUGCUACAGUUUGCAUGUGGUUGAGCCUUGGUAAUGUAAUGGUAAUGUCCAUAAACAUGUUGACAGAUUCCAUGAAAUGGAGUCGAAACGUCAAUUUGUAUGACAUCUAAGUAUGGCUGAAGGCGUCGUUGUCGGCACAGGUACUACAGAUAUGUACCCCAGGUACGUUUCUGUAUGCACAAAUGUACCCUAAACAAAGUCAAAAUACAGAAACGUACCCGGUACCCUAGGAGGUGGACGAGUCCAUAUUCCGCAACCCCAAACCGAAACAGUAUGUAGUCCCCAUUCAACUGACUGCAAGUGGUAUUGUGAACCGUGAAAUAUUCGUUACUAUGUAUGGUCGUUUCUUAUAUAACGCAAUCAACUGCAUCUAAUAAACAAUAGUUUCGAUCAAUAAAACGACACAAUACAGAAUGAACUGGUCCUGGGAUAGUUUCUGUAUUCUGAGUUUGACUAGGGUACGUUUUUGUAAACAGAAACGUACCUGGGGUACACAUCUGUAGUACCCGUGCCGACAACGACCCCUUCAGCUUAAGUAUGUGUAUUGUAUGUACUCUUGUAGAACCAUCGUGUUCCAAAGUAAAAGUCGAUAGCCUUUCAUCUUUGGAGUAAUUCCAUGUGGAAAUUACACGUAUGUAUGAAAUUGUUGAAAUGUUGAUAAAAGUAUAGAAUGUAUCAUGUAUAUUUUAUAUUGUCAGAUGUCCAUAUAAAGACGCCCGAUGCCAUUAUAUCAAAACGUGUACAUAAUUAGAUUAAGCUAAAAUAAGAAAUAAAAGACGAUUUAAUUUGAAUAAUAUUCGUAUACCAA